CCACGCAUGCAGCAUGGCGUGGAGUGGAGUCCGCAACUGUAUCGUCGGAGUAGACGUCGGAGGCACUAACACAGACGCUGUCUUGCUGUGUAAAGAAGAAGUGUGUGGAACAGCGAAGACGACGACAACUGAUGACAUUACUAGCGGAGUUGCUCGGGCAAUUGUGUCUGCUGUAAACGAUGCCGUCAACAAAGGCUACCGCAUUGCUGUUGGGCGUAUUCAUAUAGGUACCACACACUUCAUAAAUGCAGUAAUCCAGCGCAAGAACCUGGCAAAAGUGGCAGUCAUCAGACUAUGUGGACCCUCAACUCGCUCUCUGCCCCCAUUUUCAGACUUCCCAGAAGAUUUAAAGAAGGAAGUUUGCGGGUUGAGCAUUUUUGCCAGUGGAGGAUUUCAGUAUGAUGGAACAGUGCUGACACCUAUAGAUGAAGUAGAAAUCUGCCAACAUGUAGAGGAGCUGAAGGCAAAGGGAAUUCAGAAUGUAGUGAUUACAGGGGUAUUUUCACCCACCAAACCAGAGCAAGAAAUCCAGGUUUCUGAAAUCAUUCACAAGGCUUACCCAGCAUGCAGCAUCACCAAGUCACACACCAUCGGUCAAAUAGGACUGUUAGAGAGGGAAAAUGCAGCCAUCUUAAAUGAAUCAUUAAAACCCAUUAGCAAACAAACUGUAAAUGCAUUUAGGCUGGCACUUAAACAGGUUGGCCUUAGCUGUCCUUUUUUCUUAACUCAGAAUGAUGGAACAUUAAUAAGUGCCUCAAAAGCUUUGGAACACCCUGUAUCCACAUUUUCUUCUGGUCCCACCAAUAGCAUGAGAGGAGCUGCCUUCUUGUCUGGUGUUCAAGAUGCAGUGGUGAUAGACAUCGGUGGCACGACUACAGAUGUUGGUGUUCUGGAGAAAGGGUUUCCAAAGGAGGCCGCCACCAGAAUUCGGGUUGGAGGGGUGAACACUAACUUCCACAUGCCAGAUGUAGUCAGUAUAGGCUUGGGAGGAGGGUCCAAGAUUCUGGAGAAGAGAAAUGAGGAUAAUGAGCUGACCCAUGUCCAAGUUGGCCCUCAAAGUGUUGGUCACCACUUAGAGCAAGAGGCAGUCAUCUUUGGUGGUAACACACUGACCACCAGUGAUGUAGCAGUGGCCACUGGGCUGCUGGACAUUGGGGACAGGGGCAGGGUGGAGGGGAGAGUGACCAAACACCUGUGUUCUCUGGCCCAGGAGGAGAUUCAGAACAUGCUGGCUGUGGCCAUUGAUAGUGUCAAGAUCCAGGCAGCAGACAUCCCUGUGGUGUUGGUAGGUGGAGGCAGUGUACUUGUGGAUGAAAAGAAAUGGCUACCAGGGGUCUCUGCUAUCAGCAAGCCACCACACUUUGAUGUUGCCAAUGCUGUAGGUGCUGCACUGAGUCAAGUAUCUGGCAGCGUGGACCAUGUCGUGAAGCUUCCAGACAGGAAAUACCUCCAGGGACAGCAGGUGUCUGAAACAGAAAAAUUGGAAUUUGAAAGUGCCAGAAACUGUGCCCUAGAUGAGGCAAAGACCAAGGCUAUUCAGGAGUGUGUGGCAGCUGGGGCUGAUCCUGCCUCUGUACAUAUCACAGAGGUGGCAGAGGUUCCCCUGGCCUAUCUCCCAGGUAAUGCCACCAGGAUACACAUACAUGCUGUGGGAAGUCUGCAGACACUAGAUGGCAGCACAGAACAUGACACAAUCUUUGAACCAGGAGGAUCCCUGCCUGUACCUCCAGAAAUACCAGGAGAAGUAUCAGAGGAACAGCUAAGAGCAGAGGAACAGAGAUUGAAGGACCACACCCUCACUGAGGUGACAGCCCAGCAGGUGCCCCCUACCAUUACCCCCAGUGGAGAAUGGGAGCUCUCUCCCUGGGAUAUAGAAUGUAUCAGUGUAGGGGCUGGUAUAAUGGGGUGUGGAGGGGGUGGCAGCCCAUAUUUAGGCAGACUUCGAUGUCUUCGUGCUUUGAAAGAGGGCAAGAAGAUAAAGAUAGUUACACCUGAUAGAUCAUUUCUGUGUGACAAAAAGGCCAUUCAGAAUGAGAAGAGCCGAGUGAAGGUGGGGAGCCAUGCUCUAUCCACACCUGUCAGAAGAAGAUGUGAUUGCAUAUGUAGCAUUCAUGGGUGCACCGUUAGUUUGACGGAGAAAAUUCCUUGUGGCAGAGAACUGCCCACUGCAUUACGGGUUCUUGAAGACUUAUACCUGAGACACCAGUAUAAAGAUGGUCAACUGAAGAACUCUGAUGUGUUAAAAUUGGAAGAGGGGGCAGGUAUAACGUAUAUUUCAGCCUACCCACACCCACCAGAGAGAACAGGUUCAAUGGGUGCCAGGAAGUUAGCAGCAAUCAUGUGUGCAGAGAUUGGUGGCUGGAAUGCCAUGGAGCCUCUUAUAGUGGCUGCAGAGAUUGGCCUGCCUGUUGUAGACUGUGACGGCAUGGGGAGAGCUUUCCCUGAACUUCAGAUGUUUGCACCAUCUAUCUAUGGUAAAGAUAUGGCCCCAGCAUGCAUUACAGAUGAUUGUGGAAACCAGGGGGUGAUCCUUACUGCAGGAACAGCCAAGGACAUCGAGAAUCAUUUUAGAGCGGCCAUUCAACCCAUGGGGUUAUCCGCGGGGCUCACUAUGGCUCCCCUGAACAAGGAUGAGAUGAUGAAGACCACUGUUCUGUACUCCAUGAGCCAGACUUGGAGGCUGGGAAACAGUAUAUUAUGUGCACGCAAACAAAAGACUUCCAUUCUGGAUGCUGUGAUACAGGAGAGUGGGGGGAAAGUGCUGUUGGUUGGCAAGGUGGUGGAUGUGGAAAGGUCCACAGAGGCUGGUUUCACAAGGGGAAAGAUCAAGGUAGCAGGCACAGAGCCUUUCUCAGGCCAGCACUUACAUGUGGAUUUUCAGAAUGAGCUUCUUGUUGCCAGACACACAAGAGAUGGACAUAAUUUUGAGACACUAGCAUGUACGCCAGACCUGAUCACCAUGGUAACCAAGGAUGCUGGUGAACCCAUCCCUAACGAGGAAAUGCGUUACGGGCUUCGUGUGGUUGUAUUUGCCCUCCCAGUCUCACCUGUCAUGCGAUCUCCUAAAGCACUGAAAGUUGUUGGCCCACAGGCGUUUGGAUAUUCGGCAGACCAUGUGGUGUAUACGUCACUGUGUGAUGAUAUGACUGCUCACACCACACCUGUGGGGCCUUUGUAGGCUUAUAAUACCUGAAUUAUGUGGAACUGUCUUGAAGAGAAA